AUGGUCGGUAUCGCAGCCGUGCAGCCUAUGCACAAAACUGAGCGAGAGGUUGCCGUCGCUGAGGCCCCAGCGCUUCGAAGGGUAAUCUGGUACAAGGACCCUGGGUUGAGGAAGCUCUAUGGCUUGGCCAUUGCGCUGUUCUUCGCCUCGGCGACGACAGGAUAUGACGGGUCCAUGCUGAACGGCCUCCAAAUCCUCGAUGUCUGGCAAGACUACUUCCACCAUCCAACGGGAUCGAUUCUCGGUCUCUUCGGGUCGAUAUACAGCAUAGGGAGUCUCGCAGGGCUACCCUUCGCGCCAUACUUGAGUGACAUCUAUGGCAGACGCAUUGCCAUUAUGGUGGGAUGUGUUUUCCUUUUCGCGGGCGUCGCAAUCCAAAGUGCCUCCCAGAACUUCUCCAUGUUCAUAGCCGGCCGUUUCUUUGUCGGCUUUGGUAACAGCAUGUGUUCCAACUCGGCGCCUCUCCUCCUGACCGAGCUGUGCCAUCCGCAACAUCGCGGCAGAGUGACGACGGUCUACAACCAGCUUUGGGAUAUCGGUUCCAUUGCAGCAACCUGGAUCACCUUUGGCACUUUCACCAUGAAGAACAACUGGUCGUGGCGCAUCCCCUCGAUCCUCCAGGCUUUCCCGACCUUCAUACUCUUUUGUUUCAUUUGGGUCAUCCCAGAGUCGCCUCGUUGGUUGAUCUCGAAGGAUCGUCAUGCUGAAGCUCUCACAACACUUGCAAAGUAUCAUUCGAAUGGGAACGAACUGGAUCUCACUGUCCAAUUCGAGUACCGUGAGAUAAGGGAAACUCUCCGGCUUGAAUUCCAGUCGAAGAAGUCGAGCAGCUUCUUGGACUUUCUCAGGACAAAGGGCAACAGGUAUCGACUCUUGCUUGUCGUUGCUCUCGGUCUCUUCUCCCAAUGGAGUGGCAAUGGCUUGACCAGCUAUUACUUCGCUCUUGUGAUGAAGAGCAUUGGUGUGACAGACAAGAACGAACAGUUUGAGAUCAAUGGUUCCAAGACUAUUCUCUCGCUCAUUGUCGGACUGAUUGCCGCAGCAGUUGUCGAUCGUUUCGGCAGACGUCCACUGUUCUUGACUGCGACCAUAGGCAUGUUCGUCUGCUUUGUCCUCUGGACAGCCUGCUCCGCUCUGUACGACGUCGACGGCAAUCUUGCGGCCGGAAAGACCGUCAUAUUCUUCAUCUUCCUUCACGGUGUCUUCUACAACAUUGCUUGGUCGGGUCUGCUUGUGGGGUAUACUGUUGAGAUCAUGCCGUAUAAGCUGCGUGCGAAGGGUCUCAUGGUUAUGAACUUCUUUGUUCAAGCUGCGCUUGUGUUCAAUCAGUAUAUCAACCCAAUUGGAUUGUCGCAUCUAGAGCCUCGCUGGAGGUUCUAUUCAAUCUACUGUGGGUGGCUCCUUCUCGAGGUCAUUUUUGUGGCUUUCCUGUUUAUCGAAACGCGUGGUGUGACCCUCGAAGAGGUCGCCAAGAUCUUCGACGGAGAGGACGCGGAGGUUGCGCACGUCGACCUUGACGUCGUCGAGGAGAAGGUGCAGCACGUGCAGCAACUGGAGGAGGUUGAGGUUUCAACAAUCCAGCAGCAUGUAGAGAAGGUCUGA